AUGUCUCUUAUAAAAGCAUCAGAUAUAACUGAGCCAUUAUGUGCUGAUCAAGCUGAAUCUUCAACUGGUCAAGAAGAGAUUAAAAACCCUCGAGUGUCAUUUUGACAGAGGAUUUUUCCAAUAUUAUUCUCUUCUUCUAGAAAUGCCGAAAUAAGUCUUCUAAGCUCAGGCUCAAUAGGCGCAGGUUUUUUUUGCCUAGACUUUUUGUUCAGAGAAUGCGGACUAAUACUUGGUUCUAUUAUUUUCACAGCAACUGGGCUUACAUUCGUGUUUUUUCAAAAAGUUAUUUUAUGGGGAAUGAAGUCUACUCAUGACGUAGAUUUAAUGAAAAUGAUUUAUCAUCUUUAUGGAAAACGAACCAGAAGAGCUAUGAAAAUUUGCUUGGGAUUGAGCAUAUUUGGACUAUUAUUUCUUAACUCAUCUUAAUUAGCUAUAUUUGUCUUAGUUUAAUGCCAUAUUACAUAUCACCUGGACGAGCUUUCCGCUCCUGCUUCGGGAUUCACCGCCAACGAUAUGUCAUCCACCACUUGGCCUUAAUCUGGAAUGGACCCUUAGCUUUGGUGUUCGGAUUUUGACGGCUGUCCUUCCAGCUUUGAGGCAAACCAACCUGCGUCCAUCAGGCACACUAAAGGUCUCAGUCUCCAUCGUCUGGGGUUUGUGGCACACUGCCAGAAAAAAAUUCGACUCCUGAAGGGAUGGUCUUCUAAGGGUGCGCUCUCUUUCUUCUAAGGGUGCGCGCUCUUGCGCAUAAUACACGAUCAUUGCUGAAUAAAUUCUCUGGGUGAAGCCAGACUUCAUAAUUAAAAUCAGCCAAAGCAGAAUUUCUGUUCGGAAAAGCAGAAUUUCUGAUCGGAAGAGCAGAAUAUUCUAGUAUCGCCAUAUUUUGAUCAUGGAAUAUUAUGUUCAAAUCAAGCAUUUGCAGCUGGAUUUUUCAAAGAAGUUUUUUACACCCUGACUCUUCCCAAUUAUAGCUCAUAAAAAUGUUAUAAAAAUGCUGUAUGCUAAUUAGCUUUUUAUAAGGCAAAUAUAUGGUUAUUGUUUAAAUUUUCAAAAAUUAAUUUAUUAUCCUUUAAUCUUCUAGAUUUCAAAAUACAUAUUCACCUGAAAUACUUUAAGGCACUUUUAUAAUAAUUAAAUAUCUUAAAAACAAAUGAAAAUGGUCAUCCCAGUAAUAAAGAAUAAAAGAUUCAUAUCGAAUUGGGAAUGUAAGUGAUUAUAAGAUCACAAACGACUACUACAAUUUUUUUUUGAGUUUUAGUUUUAUUACAAUUAUUUUGCUGUUAGGGAUAUUCAAUCAACAAAUAAUCAUAAAGUAUUUUUCAGUUCUUUGCUGGACUUCGCUAUUUUAUUUAACAGCAAUCAUAUUGGUGCAAGUUCCAUUUUAUAUCGAAGGGAUAAUCGAUAUACUGACAGAAUCAAAGCCUAUAACAGUUCCUUCAUAUGACGCCUAUUUCAUAAGGAAUAAUUUUUUGGCCUAGUUUUUUUUAGGCCAAAAAACUAACAUAAAAAAAUACGCUAAAAAAAAGGCCAAAAAAUAGUUGUUAUAAAAUAGUUGUCGUGUGAAGACGUGGCCUAUAACAAUUAAUGCAGGAUUUGCUGAUAGUGCUGCAGUAGUUGUAUAUGCUUUUCAUACUUUAUUCACAAUUCCUAUGGCCUAUGAAGGCUUUAAAAAAAGUUCUUACAAAGAAAUAAAGACUAUGAAAUACACCCAGUUUGGGUUCAGCUGUCUAUUAUUUUCUAUUUUAUUUUUAUUUUACUACUAUAAAAGCAUUGCAGAGGAUCUCAGCAUUGAGGCAAGUUGGCUUCUGACUGUUGCAAAGAUGCUCUUUAUUGCUAUUUAAACAGUAAUAUACAUUAAAUCUUAAACAUGUAGCAUAUACCAAGUCUAGUGGGGAUCAGAGACCUCGAGGAGGAAUGAUGGUGUUUAGGAAUAUAUAUCUGAUAGGUUUCUGCUGGAUUUUUUAAAAGCUCAAUGCAGGAGAAGCCGACUGAAAGCUUUUCUCCAAAUCCAAGUUUUUGCCUCAGAGAGGAUGAGCGGAAAGUGAAAGGGAGCUUCAUCAAUCGUUGCUGACUCGAGGCAUAGCUGCAUAACUCAUUAGCUAAUGGGUAGCGAGUGCAAAUCCUCGACCAAAAGGUCAGCAGAUGCAGUUCAUGCAAGGUAAUACACGAGCCAGCAAGCAACGGAAAGCGUAGGAAUGAAAAAAGUUCUUGGAAAAUUAAAAAUGGGCUUUCCAAUAAGUUUAAUAAGAUAAGAUAAGAUAUUUUAACAGUGAAUACAGUGAUUAAUCUGCAUCAAUUUGUCAUAAUGAUCAUCGAAAUGCUUCCAUGCAUAAGUUUUAGCCCCAAAACAUAUUUUAUAGUGAAACUUAUGAUAAGCAUCAACAUUGGCAUUUUUGCUUAUUUUUUCACAAUUCCUUUCACAUACUACAAAGUAAUAGGUGGGACAACAGUGAUAUUUUUUGACAUUAUCAUACCGACCCUGAUCUAUUGGAAAGUAUCUUGCAACUACCCUGUGGUGAUUUCCAUAUCUCUUUGGAGUGUGCUGCUUAUCUUGCUUGGAGUUUCAUCAGCAGGUUAUGCAUUUACAGGUUUAUAA